AAGUUCCGGCCGCUGCUGCCAUUUUGACUUCCUGACCUUGGGUUCCUGCUGGCCGCUGUGUGUGGUCUCCUAGGUGAGGUCAUGUCUGUCCUGACGCCACUGCUGCUGCGGGGCCUGACAGGCCCGGCCCGGCGGCUCCCCGUGCCUCGAGCCCAGGUGCAUUCCAAGCCGCCGCGGGAGCAGCUCGGGACCAUGGAUGUCGUCAUUGGGCUCACCUCCUGCUUCCUGUGUUUCCUCCUGCCGGCGGGCUGGGUCCUGUCACACCUGGAGAGCUAUAAGAAGCGGGAGUGAAGCAGGCUGUCUUCUCCCUCAUCCUGUGACCUGACCACCCCUGCCGGCCCAUCCUGAUUAUGUUGCCUGCAUUCCUGGCUGGCCCCCGCGGAUCCUGUUCAAUUCCAGUCAACUGUUCUGCAAUCACGACCUCUCGAUGUCUCUAUUGUGACAUCCUGGGACCACAUAGAUUGACCUGCUCCGUGGGGUCCCCUUGUAACAAUAAAGUCUGUUUAAACCUUG